UGCAACUCUGGCACUUGUGAAGUGGUGCCAGCCGGCCCGAGCCGCAGCAUCACAACCAAUGGGUUCGUAUCCGCCGCAAGGAAGGUCGCAUGCGAAACGCCCAAUAGAAUAGAUUGGGAAUAAUGACCGCGAGGAGCUGCAGCUGAACCGCACCAACGCAGAUCGGAACUCGCGCAACAUGGCCACAGACCUUACCAGCCGCUCGAGGGAGGGCACGGUCAGGUAUCGGGGACUUGAGCAGACUGCUUCGUACAAUGAAGGCAUGGACUUUACCAACAUUGAAGAUGGUAGUUAUAAAGGGGGUUUCGAUCCCUUCGCUCUUCUUCAUUUUAUCCUCAAUCGACAUCAUUCAUGCUCUGAACCCCUUCAUUCACACUCUGAACCCCUUCAUUCCCAUCUUUCCGUUGCUUGAACUCGACGAACAGCUGUCAAGAUGAGCACUGACAUGAACGCUUAUUUGUUAUACAUGUCCACUUGGACCUCGGAGACCGACGACAACAUCAACGAGGUCAUUAAAGAGCAUCAACUGUUCGUCAGCGUGGGCAACUUCUCUUCGGACGCCGCUAUUGACGCUGAAUUCGACGUGCUCACCGGUUUGGCAACCAAAGUUCGUGAUAUGACCAUCGCCGCGGACGCAAUGCAAAUCGGUGCCGAUGCCGCCGCGGUGGCGGCCGUCUGGUCGUUCGGCCUCGGCAUGCUCGUCUUCGCAGAGCUUGAGGUCGGCGUGGCCAUCGAGAGAAAGAUGAUAUCCAACAAGUCGAAUGAGCUGAACGAGAAAUUAAAAACUGUCGACACGGAUAUCUCGGCCAAGAUCAACCCAACCGUCAACGACUACGUCACCCAGUACAAGGCCAACAACAAGCUGAUCGCGAGGAGGGGGGCGGAAGGCCUCGACCCCAGGAAAUGCCGCUCGAUCCUCAUGCAGUUUAUGGCCAAAGUCCACAAGAGCAAGGGCACGCUCGAUCCCGCUGGAUUCAGGCAAUACGCGGAGGCGGCGCGGAGGCUCUUCAACGGCCCUCAGGUCAAAGCCGUUUAUGCCGCCUUGGAUGACCUGACUAUGAGUAAGACAACGCGUGCCGAUGUCACGAAGUACAUGUCGUACAUCAAGGGACUGGAAGGUCUCCCCACCACCGAGCUGUCAAUUGUCCGCCACCUUUCCAUUGCCUUCAUGUUCAACAAUCUGAGGAUCGCCAACUCGAAGAUCGCAGACUGCGCCAAAGAGGCUGGACUCGAGAUUGAAGAGGUGGAGGCGAGUUCUUUCAGCAUGAUGGGCGCAGUGGGCAAGAUGAUCGCUGUGGUCGCGAUCGCCAUGUCGGUUGUCGAUACGGUGCUGAAUAUCAUUGACAUCGUCGACGUGGUGGAGCAGACGAAGAAAAUGUGCGACGAACUCGACGGGUCCAUCAAAGCAAGCUACAAGGCGUAUUUCAAGGGCAUCAUGGAGGCAUCCCAAAAAUACAACGACGCGAUGGCUAAAGCCUAAGGUUGCGAACCCUUGACGGCGAGCCAUUGAGCCUGACGGUCGGCGUAGGUACCAAGGUACGGUAAAAGCGAGGAGCACUCGCAGGAGGGUUCGCAGGUCGGAUCGAGUUCGGAAGCGCACGUGCGGGGGCUCAGGGAUUUCUGGUGGUGAAUUGAGCUUCAGUGAUCAGACGUGCAGAUUACCUACACUGAGGUACAUGUACCUAGGUACCUAGGUAGCUUUUCCUUCUUUGCGCCUGCACGGAUUUUAUCCAGGCAACAACACGAC